AUGCCUCGUGUUACAAAAGAACGAUCGACCAACACAACACCACGAUCGCCCUACACCAACAAUGUGGAGAAAUCCAAGUCGACUGUCGACAUUCCAAAGGACAAUGCAGUGGCUGACAACCUUGAUUACGAUCUACUCGUCAUGUUUAUUGGUAUCAACCCUGGUUUGACAAGUGCCGCUCGAGGACACCAUUUUGCAGGACCUACGAAUCACUUUUGGCCAUGUUUGUCGGGUAGUGGCUUGGUGGAUAAACCUUUGACCUACAAGGAUGAUGUCGAUCUACCACGAUUGUACCGAUUAGGCUUUACCAAUCUUUCAACAAGGACCAGUCGAAAACAAUCCGAUCUUACUUUGAGUGAACAGCAAGCUGGUAUCCCCAUCCUCACAACCAAGAUUCGACAAUAUCGACCACGCGUAGCAUGUUUCAUUGGCAAAGGCAUGUACGAGAUUUAUGCAGGUGAAAAGAUCAGGAAAAUGGGCGUACAACCAAGGAGGAUACCAUGGGAGAAUGGCAAAGGCUCAACUCGGCUAUUUGUGAUGCCAAGUACCAGUGGGAUUGUUUCCGCUUAUCAGAAAGGCGACAAGUUAAAGUUCUUUCAAGAGCUCUGUCAAAUAGCAAAGCAAGAGGAUGAAAAGGUGGCGACUUCUUCAAUACGUUAG